UCCGAACAGUCUGAAAUUGCAUCGAUCGACCGAUCUGCUGAUUAAUCGCAAUUCGAUGCUCGCGUAGCCGAUCGAUCGUGUCUCGAUCGAUCAUCAACGGCUGGUGGCACGAAAAGGCGUUGUGUAGUGCCGUUGGCGUUUGCAAAAUGUAGUCGUGAUGCUUCCUUUUUUCACGGAGACGUUUGCGCGGGAGGUGGAUCCAUGCUCGGUCCCGGGGACAAGUAUCCACGUGUUUCUCUAAGACGGCGAGUUGAUCACGACGAUACGCGCGACCAGCGACCGCGGGACGAUUCGGCGGAACGUGAGCAACGAGAAUUUUAUUCCUCUUGAAAAAUCUCGCGACGACGCGUAACGUAGGUACGAACGGAAUUAGGUAUGUAGAGGCGUUCGCGCGCUCCCCAUUGGCCAGCUGGGCUGCAUCCGUCCACUGUGCGACGCGCAGUAGCCAAUAGCGUGCGGGUUGCCGCGCCGUCGCCACUGCGUUUCUGGCCUAUAGGGUCGUAGCUGUAGCCGUACGCAAAGUCUAGGCUCGAACGCUCAAAAGAUACGUGAAGAUUUUUGUUAAAGGUGUCCAGGCUCCACGGUGGUUUCAUUCGCGUUUGUUGGAUGGUAAAUUCACGGGCGAGAACGGUGGCUAACGCGGGCGAUAAAGAUCACGCGGGGGAACAAGCCGCGCGGGCGUUAUUCCGGUGAAAAGUGUCGUGUGUGUAUACGUACGUUGCUUCCUUCGUCUGUGAGUGGUGCUUGCAUACGAUGUGCGACAACGAUUCGCAAAAGUAUUUCAACGACGAGUUACCGAUCACGGCGACCGCUGUCUUUCGCGUACAGUUACGCGCCUGAUCGCAUAGAACGCAUGUAACGUGCAAUCCAAGUGGGCACAGUGGAUUUUCAAAGCGUUGAAAAGUGUUGAACGUGACUGCUGUGUCUCGGCGAAAAUAAUUUCGGCGCGCCAUUCAAAUCGCACUUUCUGAGUGUUCUCGACGAGUGCGUUGGCCGUUCCAGUGCGCGAGUUCGCACGACGAUUCCGUUGCCACGAGCGGCUUGUAUUCUUUGCGAACUGAGAAUUUCAAUUCCGUGCAAAUUAUGUAACUAGUAGAUACGUGAUUUACUAAGAAAACCAAGCAAUAUGUCUACUAGAAUGGAAGAAGAAAUAGUAGUAGAUGAUGUAGAUGAGAAUAGUAGCGCUGAGACGCAGAUGGAUGACUCAACAACACCUGUAGUGCCUCUGCUAUAUAUUCAGCAAAGUAAAUUACGUUCCAGCCAAACGACAAAUGCAAAUCAAACUCUUGUAUCACCUAGUACACAACUUGCUGCCAUUAUUAAUCCGGUAAACAAUCAGAUUGUUACUGGGCAAAAUAAGGUGUUUAUACAAAGUCCAGGUCAAGUUACAACAUCUCAAAGUAAACAGCAUAUUGUAAUUCAUCGGCCAAUGAAUAGUGUCAGCUCUACGACAACACCACAAGCUCAGAAACAUAUAUUACUUAGAAAAUCAACAACAUCUACUGCACAGAUUGUGCCUCUGAAUACAAAUCAAGGAAAUCAAUCAAAUGCACAAACAGGAAAACAUACUUUUGCAUAUUUGGGGACUCUUAUUAAACCUAACAAAUCUCGGGAAUCUGUUGUUAUACCUGCAGGAGCUUUAACAACAACUCAAAUUACUAAGCCAAAAUUAGUAAUUGCUCCAGUAAUAUCUCAACUAUCUCAGACGUCCACGAGUACCACAAGUGGUUCUCAGAGUCAGUCUUCCAAGCAUAUGGCAAACUUAUUAUUGCCAGUAACCAUUCCUCAGCAAAGUGGAACUGCAAAACCCAGUAUGUUUAAUUUGAAGAUUAAUGCUGCCACUGCUUCAUUUAAUUCGGAAAACAAAGGAACCAUAACAGUGUUACGUGAAUCAAAAACAUCAAAUUCAACUUCGUUGCCGCCACCAUUGCAUCCUAUAGCGAAAAUGAGUUUACUAAGUGCAAAUAAGGGCAGCUCUAAUUCCAUAGAUAGUAUUAAAAUUACUGAAAAUCCAGACUCUGCAGUUAUUACGCCUAUUCCAAAGAAGGAAGACAAUAACCUGCCAGAAAAGCGAAAAAAGACUAUUAGUAAUAUAUUACGGGGUUCUAGCGAGAAACGAAUGAAGAAGCAAAGUCUCCCAAAAUCUCCUCAAGAUAGUUUGGUUGAUGUUAAUUAUGCAUUGAGUAGCCCAGAAUCCGAAGAUAAAGAUAAGAAAGUUCACAACGAUGACGACAUUACAUUGAUCAAAGUUAUUCCCGGCGAGGAAAAGAUCUCGAAACUCAACACAAAUAUAGAUGAUGAUGUGAAAAUAGAAAUUAUUAAGACACCAACAAGUUGUAGCGGUUGUAGCAUCGAACCAGUAUCGGACAAUAAAUGUGAAACAAAAAGUAAUAAUCAUGAUGAGACGAAGGAACACUUGAACAUUUCGCAACAGAACGACUCGAAUUUUGAUGCGACCAAAGUUUUAGAUUGGAAAGACGGAGUUGGUACUUUACCAGGAAGUAAUUUACAGUUUCGUAUGAAUGAGUUUGGCUUCAUGGAAGUAGUAGAUGAAGAUGAAGGCAGUAAACAGAAUAAGGAUGGUAUUGGUGACAAAGAAAACGUGUGCUUAACGCAAAAUUCUUCAAAGUCCAGUCCUGCCACAAUUAACAAUGCUAGCGUGGAGAAGAAACGUAAAUUCCAAAAAAUAUGUGAUGCUGAUGAUAAAAAAUCCAGAUCGCUGUCUGUGGAUACGAUGUAUCAUUGCGAAGGUUGCGGAUGCUAUGGAUUAGCUGCUGAGUUUGAAAGUCCAAUAUCAUGUGGUCCUUCUUGCACAGAACUGAUAGAGUCUAAAAAACAUCCUGGGAGAAAGGACAAGGAUCUAAAGGACUUACGCACAAAGAAAAAACGCAAGAGGUUAUUACAAGAGCAGCAAUGGGUAAAGGAUACAGAUGAAAAGUUUGAUGAGAAGAUGCAUGACAAGAUUGAGACGGAUGAGGAGAAUGCAAUAGCAGGAAUGGACGAUGAGAGCCAAGGAGGAGACUCGUCCGAGUCCAAGUAUCCUUGGCUAAAAGGAAAGCUCGGUUUUUCAUGGCCAAAGUACCUUGAUUAUUGUAAGGCAAAAGCAGCGCCUGUUAAAUUAUUCAAGGAUCCCUUCCCGUAUAGCAAAAAUCAAUUCAGAAUAGGAAUGAAAUUAGAAGGAAUAGAUCCGGAACGUCCUUCUCGAUACUGUGUUCUGACGAUUGUCGAAGUUGUGGGUUAUCGUAUGCGUCUACAUUUCGACGGUUAUCCAGAAAACUACGAUUUCUGGGUGAAUGCUGAUAGUAUGGACAUAUUUCCUGCUGGCUGGUCCGAAAAAAACAAUCAUCGAUUGGACCCGCCAAAGGGUUACGUUCCUAGCAACUUUAACUGGAACGCCUAUCUAAAAGUUUGUAAGGCGACCGCGGCAGCUAAGAACAUAUUUCCGAAUAAAAGCGCGUUGCAAGCUGUCUUCACUACGGGCUUCCGAGUUGGCAUGAAGCUGGAGGCGGUAGAUAGAAAACAUUCGUCGUUAGUUUGCGUCGCUAGUAUAGCUGGUUUAAUGGACUCUCGAAUAUUAGUACAUUUCGAUUCUUGGGAUGAGGUCUAUGACUAUUGGGCUGACGCAAGCUCGCCUUAUAUUCAUCCUGUAGGAUGGUGUCAUCACAAUGGUCACAGCCUGACACCACCGAAUAAUUACAAGGAUCCGAAAUCCUUUACUUGGGAUGCAUAUCUAAAGGAGACGCGAACGAUAGCGGCACCUGCUAGGGCAUUCAAACAGCGUCCACCAUGUGGUUUCAGACGUGGCAUGAAACUGGAAGCGGUCGAUAAACGGGUACCACAGUUAAUCAGAGUGGCAACGAUCGAAGAUGUUAAAGAUCACUUGUUGAAGAUACGAUUCGACGGUUGGCCCGAAAGUCACGCUUAUUGGGUCGACGACGACUCAACCGAUAUUCAUCCUGUGGGUUGGUGUGCGAAGACGGGUCAUCCACUAGAACCGCCACUAAUACCGCCAGAUAAUUUGAACGAUCGUCCGGAAUGCGGUACAUAUGGUUGUCGAGGCAUAGGACACGUAAAGGGGCCGAAAUUCGCAACGCAUAACUCUGCGUCUGGUUGUCCGUAUUCACCUCAAAAUCUACAUAAACAGAGGCAAAUGUCCGAUAGACUUAAUUUCACGAAGCAUGACACCUGUGAUUUCGAGGAUGACAUGCUAGAUAAAUCAAGACUAGAAAAGAGUGACAAAAUAAAGAUGGAGAAACCCGAAAAGUUGGAUAAACUUUUAUUUUCGGACGACAGGAUAUUGAUGAUAGAAAAAGAGAUGAAGCAGGAAGAUGGCGACUCAUCUGACAAAAAUGAUAAAAGUGAAAAUAGAUCAGAAAAUUCGGAGAAAUCUUGCAAAUCUAAUGGACAAACUGAUGAAGAUGAAGUUCCAAGGAAGCGAAAGAAAAGACGUCAUGUUUCGGGAGAGCAAUUAUAUUCAGUUACAAAUUCCACAUACAGCGAUUUGUCGUGGCAUCCUGCCCCGUAUGCUACAGGAAUGCCAGAUAAACAACUGCGCACAGAGCUAUAUCAGUCUGUAUAUAACCCGGGAUACAAUCCGCUACCAGAGGCACCGCAUGUAUGGGCGAAACAUAGUAAUGCCUUAAAUAGAAUAGUAGCUAAGCAAAAUACGAACCCGCGACGAUGGUCCAACGAAGAAGUCGUCAAAUUUAUACAAAGUGUCCCUAACUGUAAGGAUAUCGCCCCGGUCUUCAGAAAGCAUAAUAUCGAUGGAGAAGCAUUUUUGAUGUUGACGCAAGAGGAUUUGGUGACGUUAUUGGAUCUACGGCUAGGACAUGCUAUUAAGAUGUAUAAUAGUAUAGUUCUGUUACGACAAAGAGCGACAUAAAUUACGCAAUGUGAGAAAGAUGCAUGAAAUUGGUCCACGAUAAUGCAGUAUAUAGCUGCCAUUAUAAAGUCCGCUUGAUAUAUAUUUAUUUAAGGUACUAUUAAGUAAGUGCAACAUAUUUUUGCCAAAUAAAUAUUUAUUUGAAAUUCUUUAAUUUCGUCGAUCGGUGCGACAGUGAAAGGAUUAUUGCAAAAAUUGAAUGCUAAUCAUAUACCUAUCCAUUUAAUUUCAUAUAUUUGCUGCAGGAUAUUUGAUAAUGUAAACUUUUAUAGAAAACUUGGUUUUUUUGUAUAAUACUUUUAGAGGUAAAGAUAGUAUUUUACAAACAAACUAAGGCUUUUAAGAGAGAAAAAGUGUUUUAAUUUCAAAUAUCCUGUGGCCUAUUGAUUCCAGUGAUUCUUGACAUAUGUGAGUUGCAGUAAUUAUAAGUACUUAUGAUUACAUAUUGUAAUUUUUUCAUAUGAGACAAGUGCAUUGAAUCAUGUACAAAAUGUAAAUACUAUUUUAAUUAUUAAGUAUUGUAAUAAAACGAUUUAAGCAAUCUUUUCACCCAAUUCUGUCGCAUGUUUACGAAAUUAGGAAUUAGUGAUAGCAUAUCAUGUUCAUCAUUUCGCACAUUGCGUGUUGAGUUGUAAAAAGUAAAACAAAAAUAUCGAUGUUCGAUAUGCAUCUUUUGAGGAGAUCUGCGGACAAUUUUCUGUUCGAGAAGCUCGACUGAAGGUAUUACCGACGGUAAUCCUGUAGGACCGUGAGGAACUAGAAGAAUCAAGCGGUAUCCUACAUUUAAUCAAUUUAUGAUUAUUUAGUUUUGUCGUACGUGUCGUCAUGAAAAAUACGUUUUUAGAUUUUAGAAAUCUGGACAUAUUAAAAGUUAAUCAUAGAUGCUUUAUAAAGUUAAACUGAUGUGCCGAUAAUUGCGAGAUUAUUUAAUAUUUCAUAGAACUUUGCUGAGUCUUUUUACAAGUAAAUCUCUUUGUGGCAUGACAGGAAUCAUAUGCAUCACACUGGCAUCGAUGAUUAUGUAUCAGAAUAUACAUAUUUUUUAUACGCGGAACUCUGAGAAAUAUUGACGUCCAAUUUAUAUAGGCGAACUCAAUUUCCAAACUUUUUUGUCGAUAAGAUGUAACUACCGCUUAAUUUCCUACAUAUCUUUAAUGGAUUUUGUAGUUUAAUAUUGUUAAAUAUAUUGUAUGUAUGUAUAUA